AUGGCGUGGUGGUUGUUGGAUGGAGAGUGGCGCCAGUUUCUCGCUCGGCCGCGCCAGUGCCUUACACCUGUUGUCACGGGCUGGGCGGGGCGCGGCGCGGUGCCGCCACGGCCUUGCGCCAGAGCGGAGCAGGGACCGCGGCUAGUGGAGCGCGACGCCUGCGGCGGCCGCCGCGGGUCCACAGCCGCCGGCAGUCCGCAGUCUGUACAGUGUCGCAGGGCCGCCAACAUGACGUCGCCGCCGCUGCUGCUGCUGCUGUUGCCGCUACCCUGGGUAGCCCUGGCCGUGGACCUGGGAGCUUUCCACGAGGCAGUCCCUGCGCUGGUGCAGAACCCGGAACUGGAACGCGCACGCGUGACGCCGCCGGGGCCGCGGGCCGCUCCAGAGACGGUGACCGCCGAGGUGGAGUCGCUGCUGGAGCCACCGCCGGACGUGGGGCCGGCAGCGGACGCUGGAGCCGACCUGGAGGCCGGCCGGGUGCGGCCCGGAGGACACAAGCAGGAAAUGAUGCACGGACUCCGAGACCGCUACGCCGCCUCACACGUUGGCAGACACCACGACAUGAACAAUGAGGUCAACGCCAGGAGACAAGCCCACCGUCUGUCUGAAGUUGAGGACCUGCAAGGCAAGCCGAUAGUCAGUGGCGGUCUAACCGCCGACGUCGAAACCGUACCACAAUCAGUGGUUAGCGACGGGAACGACAAACCCUCUACCCCGAGUAUUGACGAUGAUAAUGACUUCCUGAGAGAGGAUGGAUGGAAACCAAAGUCAUCACAAAAGGCGGCAGUCCUUGGGGAACAUAGUGUCAAUGCCAAGAACGUAACAGCAGAGCUGACGAGUGGCACAAACAAUAAAUCAACUACUCGCAACAGUGCCAACAGUGAUGACGACAACGACUUCCUCAGAAGUGACACAUGGGAAACUAAAGCCCCACACAAGGCGGAUGACCUUGGAGAACCUAAUGCCGUAACAACACAGGACGUGAGUGAUAGAGACAGCAAAACUCCCCCUCACAACAGCGAUAAUAGCGAUGACAACAACGAUUUCCUAAGAGAUGACUCAUGGGAGCCGAAGCCGGCGCCAGAAGUGAAGGCUAGGGACGACAAGUCCUCCGCUCCUGCCGUUGGCAACAACGAAGGUGACGAUUUUCUCAGAGAUGACACACCAGAGGCGGUGGCACACAAGGUAUCAGCAACAGGCGAAACUAGCAGAGACAACAAAGCGUCUGCUCCACCCUUUGGUAACAAUGUUGACGACAAUGACUUCCUCAAAGAUGACUCACUGGAGACGGUGAUCCGUAAGCCAGUUGCCGCUGAAGUCAACACUGGUAGCGAACCAGCACCAAACGUGAAUGGCGCGAAUGAGAAGUCUUCUGGUGACAGCGGUCGUAAGAGCGAUGAUGACAACGACUUCCUCAGAGAAGACGACUUGCAGUCGAAACCUCACCCUGCUGGUCAAGCUAGCCUCGAUGCCGACGUCGAGAGAGUACCAUCAUCGGGAGCCCGUGGCAGAGACGACAGCUCCUCCGCUCACAGGGACGGUAACGACGUUGACGACAAUGACUUCCUCAGAGACGACGCAGUGGAGGUGGAGCCACAGCAGUAUGAACCAGCUGUCCGUGGAGGCCGCAAUGCUGACGCGGAUGCUGCUUAUGAUGACGAGGAUGAAUCACCAAAUGAUAGUCCUCAGGGUAGCCACGCACCAGAGGACCACGUGAGAAGUAACAGGGAAGAGGACACCGACGAUCGAGACGGUGAGCACGGAGAAGGCGCCGGCGAUCGACACGAUGAAGACAAAGACGGCGGCGAAGAGGGCGGCAGCGACGGGGCCGGAGACGGGAGGAAAGGAGGCGAGGACGACCUGGCGUGGGCGGGCCGCCGCCCCCUGGACGGCACCGACUGGCCCAAGUGGGCGGGCGGAGACGGGCCGCACGGCAGCAUGCCGCCCAGGUACAGCGGCGGCGGCGGCGGCGGCUUCGGUUACAGCCUGGGGGACGGCGAGAAACUGCCGGACGAGGAGCGUUACCAGCGCCAAGCACCCUCGUCCACACACCAGGGAGGCCCUUGGGUACAGCAGUGGCUGGCGCGCAGCGCAGGCGCCGGAGCGGGAGGCGAAAGGAAGGCCGCGGAGGCGGUGGGGGCGGCGCGGGCGGCGGCGGCGGAGGCGGCGCGCAGGGCGGCGCACCGCAGCAGCUUCCGCCGCGGCUGGCGCGGAUCGGAUUUAGACUGUGUUAACCGUGGUUUCCUCAUGCAAAAAUUGAAAUAUGCAAAUCUUGCUCUUUGUGCAAAUGGAACAAGUAUAGGAACAAAAAAUGGUACUACUGGUCUUAUAGAAAAGACGGGUGAUGAAGUAUUUGAAAACAUCAACAAAUACUUGAAAACUAAUGUUACAUUAACAGAUUUUGGUAUUUUCAGACGUGCAUAUAAUCCAAUGAAGAAACGCGUUGUAGCGCCCGAAAAUCACAGAGAAAGAUGUCACAAUUGGGCUUGGAUGCAAACAUACGAGAAACCGGGUCGUUCAAGCCGCAAAGACUUGUUCGCGCUGCAGAAUUUGAUGCGAUACCGUUCAGUCAUGUGGCAGCAGAUUCCUCAAUAA